AUGGAUCAACCGGUUGAUCAUGCUGGAGUGGCAGUCCCGUGCGAGGCGUGGCCCGAGUUGAGGUUAAAGAGCAAGGCAGAGGUCGAUUCCGUAGCAGACCGAAUCCACGAGUUGCGGAGGAAGCAUUUGUGCGAGGGGUCAUUCUCACCCACGUCGAGCAUUUUGACGCAGUUGGCCAUGGGGAAGAAGUUCAACAAAACACACCAGUCGCCAUCCAACAUCCAUUGGUCUGACGAUGAGAAGGUUAUAAACUACUUGGGCCAGCCGGUGGUGUUGGAUAAGGUGAAGGCGAUGUGCCACGCGUUGAUUGUGGAGUUGCAAGCAUUGAUGGGGGUGUUGACGUUCGGAUGUGAUGUGAAGGCCAUUGAUUUGGAUCGGAUCAUGGACAGCAUGGCGUGGAGCCAGUCGUUCCGUCAGCAGGACUUCAGCUUCGUCGAGCAUGUGCAGAACCAGGACCAGGUCGGGGUUGGUUAUCGGUAUUUGUUGGAGCGAGCGCAGAGGGGUGGUGGGGGGUGGAGGUUGCUACGAAACAACCGAGCGACGCAAGCAGCCGAAUGGUUCCGGCCGCAGGUGGAGAAGUAUCUGAUAAAGGAGGGACAGUUCUUACGGAAGCUGAUGGUGUGCAUGCACGUAACGGGUGGGCAGCCCGGACGCGGGCCCGAGUUGGGUUCGGUGAAGGUGAGCAACAGUGUUUAUUCAGCCCGGAACAUAUACGUGGUCAACGGGCGGAUGUGCUUCUUAACCAUGUAUGACAAGGCACGGAAGAGACGGGGGAACACAGAGUACAUUGUACGGUGUCUGCCGGACGAGGUGGGACAGGUGUUGGCACAGUAUCUGGUAUACGUGCGUCCAUUUGCGCGGGCAUUGGAUCAGCGAGA